AUGCCUUCACAUCCUUUGCAUCGACACCAGUCAUCUUUAGAAAAAGUCCUGAACUUCUCAAAACCUUUCUCAUUACCACCCCACCAAAGUCAAUCGGCAGCCAACCUUCUUCAGGUCUUAAUUCAGUGUUAUGGCCCCGAAAGGAGUGCACGAAAAGGUUACAAGCCAGCGGCACUUAUUAAGGCCACAUAUGAGCAUGUGGUAGCUAAGGAUACAUUUUUAACGUUCUUUUUCUCGUCGAUAUACGAAAAUCUAUGUUCACAGCCUGCUGAUUUGAUUGAUUCUGAUAUUACGAUUGUCUUGACGUUCUUCGAUAACUUUACGUCUUGGAGUCCAGACGAGAAGAACAAAGCAAAGAGCGCGAUCGAAGAAUUCGCUGAUUACAUCAUUGAGAAUUUCCUCCUUCCGCUCCGAGCUUCAUCUGUCAAGACUCCGCAACCGACGCCUGCAUCAUUAUCCGCAAUACAAACAUCUACGCCCUCCGGCACACCAUACCGUGUAUCUAUCUUGCGAAAAAGUUGCCUUGUGCGUGAUCGCUAUCGUUGCGUAAUUUCUCGAAAAUUUGAUAAGAGCGAGGCUAGAAAACGUUUCGAGCAGUAUGGGGAAGAUUGCAAGGACGAUGAAGGAAUAGAAUUGAAAAACGAAUCAAGUGACCGCUUUCAGUUCCUGGAAGUGGCCCAUAUUCUACCACAUUGUCUUACAACAGUUUCCUCUGGAGAUGCAGACCUAAGCGACUCGAAAAAGAAUGUGCUUCGGAUUUUAGAUAUGUUUGACCCUGGUGUCAUCCAUCUAAUUGAUGGUCCGAAGAUUGACAGCCCCAUUAACGCCCUUACUUUAACGCUCGACUAUCAUCGUAUGUUCGGUGAAUUUCAGAUUUAUUUCGAACCCACAGGCGUGCCAUAUCAGUACAAAAUUGAUUCAACAGAGCGAAGUCCAUUUUUACGUGAUCCACUCUUCCCAGUCACGCGGACUUUAACCCUUAGUCCCACUCGUGUAAUUGAUACGCCCUCACGGCGGCUCCUUGAUGUUCAUCGUGCUAUCGCACUUAUAAUGAAACUUAGCGGUGCAGGUGAAUACAUAGAGAAUAUUCUUCGAGACAUAGAGGAGGUUGAUGUGAAAGCAGACGGUUCAACGAACUUGGGCCAUAUAAUGAGUUUACGACUUGGUGGAUGGCUUAACACAUUAUGUGUUUUUUGA